GUGUUAUUUGAACAUCAAAAUAUAUACAUGCAACACCUAUGUUUUUAUCUCGAUAACUAGUACAUAUUUCAAAAGUACACGUCAAAAAAUAAAAGAUACUGAUGUAUUUGACGUCAAAAACUGAUGUUGAAGAAUAUAUUUUUUUUUUAAUUUAUACACAUAUAUCUCCACUUUAAGAGAAUGUAUUUGGCUUAUUGGCCAAUACCUUAUAAUCCACAUUCAGAAUGAAAUAAUUAAGAAAAGCUCAAUCAUAUAGUGUGAUAUCCACUUUUGCCUAGUGACAAACCAUUAUAUAUAAGUGACAAUCAGUGAUACAAAUGCUCUGCAAGCAAGGGAGUGAUAGAACCAUAAAAUCCAGUGUGAAGUUGUGUCCAAAAGAAUACUUGUUUCAGUUUUCAUUUUAGUACAAAAUGAUUGUGAAAUUGGGCUUACUAGUGAUUUUGGUGAUGGCUUUGGAAGCUAAAGCCCAACUGAAAAGUGGGUUUUAUUCAACUUCAUGUCCAACAGCUGAGUCCAUCGUACGGUCCACAGUUGUAUCUUACUUCAACAAAGAUCCAACCAUUGCUCCUGCCCUUCUCAGGCUUCAUUUUCAUGAUUGCUUUGUCCAAGGCUGCGAUGGAUCCAUAUUGAUUGCAGGCUUCUCAGCAGAGAGGAAUGCAUUGCCAAAUCUUGGUCUAAGAGGUUUUGAAGUGAUAGAUAAUGCAAAAUCACAAAUAGAAGCCAUAUGCCCUGGAGUAGUCUCAUGUGCUGACAUUCUAGCAUUGGCAGCUCGUGAUGCCGUCGAUUUGAGUGAUGGCCCAAGUUGGUCAGUACCUACAGGAAGAAGAGAUGGAAGGAUUUCUUUAUCAUCUCAAGCCUCAAACUUGCCUUCUCCACUUGAACCUGUUUCUGUCCAUAGACAAAAAUUUGCUGCCAAAGGUCUAGAUGAUCAUGACCUUGUUACCUUACUUGGUGCACAUACCAUAGGCCAAACAGAUUGCAGAUUCUUUAGUUAUCGUCUAUACAAUUUCACAACCACUGGCAAUGCUGAUCCUACUAUUAACCAAGCUUUCUUAGCUCAACUUAAAGUACUAUGUCCAAAAAAUGGUGAUGGCUUGAGAAGGGUGGCUUUGGACAAAGAUAGUCCAGCCAAAUUUGAUGUGAGUUUCUUCAAAAAUGUACGCGAUGGUAACGGGAUUCUAGAGUCAGACCAAAGGCUGUGGGAUGAUUCUGCUACAAGAAGGGUGGUGCAAAAUUAUGGUGGGAAUUUUAGAGGGUUAUUGGGGUUUAGAUUUGAUUUUGAAUUUCCAAAGGCUAUGAUUAAGUUGAGUAAUGUAGAUGUGAAGACUGGUGUUGAUGGAGAGAUUAGAAAAGUGUGCUCAAAAUUUAAUUGAUUUUGGCAUGGAAAAUCUAGAAAAGACUAAUAAAUAUGCUACUAGUA